UCCGCCAUCAUGAAGUCAUGAACAAAAAGCGAAUGAGACAGAAAAACAGGAAUGGCUUGUCGGUAACAGAAUGAGGUGAAUUAACGAAUGACAGCGACGGAAUGUCAAAACCUGAAGACAAUACGACCGGAAGAGGUGGAAUAUCGGAAUGUGAUUUGAAGUGUUUAUCUGCUUUACUUGACAGCCAGCUGAUUGUGUCCGUUAACGGUUAACAGCAUUAUUAUUUAUUACAAACUACUGAUCGGAAAAAAAUAGCGGAUAAUCAAGAUCAUUACAAUAAAAAUAGAUGGAUCGCUAGUCAAAUCGCUUUGUGUGAAGUGAGAACGGAGAAAAGAGGCCAGAUUUUCCUCAGGCCAGAGUCAGAGAGCUAGCUGACUUUAGCUAGCUACAGUGGAUCCCAUAAACCACGGCGCUGGCCAUGCCGUCGAGUGUGCGGGCUGGGAAUCUAAAGGACCCAGAAGUGGCUGAACUUUUUUACAAGGAGGAUCCGGAGAAACUCUUCACAGACCUACGAGAGAUCGGCCAUGGCAGCUUUGGAGCCGUCUACUUUGCCCAUGACAUCCGCACCAAUGAGGUGGUGGCCAUUAAGAAGAUGUCUUACAGUGGCAAGCAGUCUAAUGAGAAAUGGCAGGAUAUUAUCAAAGAGGUAAAGUUCCUUCAAAAGCUGCGGCACCCCAACACUGUGGAGUAUAGAGGCUGCUACCUGCGAGAACACACAGCAUGGCUGGUGAUGGAAUACUGUUUGGGUUCGGCCUCAGAUCUGUUGGAAGUGCACAAGAAACCAUUGCAGGAAGUGGAGAUAGCAGCAAUUACCCAUGGUGCAUUGCAGGGCUUGGUAUACCUUCACUCACACAACAUGAUUCACAGGGAUGUGAAAGCAGGUAACAUUUUGUUGACAGAGCCUGGUCAGGUCAAACUAGGAGACUUUGGCUCUGCCUCCAUUGUUGCUCCAGCCAACUCAUUUGUGGGCACUCCUUACUGGAUGGCUCCAGAGGUAAUCCUCGCCAUGGAUGAAGGCCAAUAUGAUGGAAAGGUUGAUGUGUGGUCACUUGGCAUCACCUGCAUAGAGCUUGCGGAAAGAAAACCGCCUUUAUUUAACAUGAAUGCUAUGAGUGCCUUAUACCACAUAGCCCAGAAUGAGAGCCCAGUCCUGCAGUCCAAUCACUGGUCUGAUUAUUUCCGUAACUUCGUAGACUCUUGUCUGCAGAAGAUUGCCCAGGACAGACCUACCUCUGAUGUGUUGCUUAAACAUCACUUCCUAUGUCGCGAGCGUCCAGUAACUGUGGUAAUGGAUCUGAUAGCACGUACUAAAGAUGCCGUAAGGGAGUUAGAUAAUCUGCAAUACCGAAAGAUGAAAAAGAUCCUUUUCCAGGAAACGCACAAUGGGCCCGUUACUGAGGGUACAGAGGAAGAAGAGGAUGUAGAGCAGUACAUGUUGCGGACGGGAACUGUUAAUAGCAUGGAAAGCUCGCAUUCGCUGCCAUCCAUGUCAAUUAGUGCCAGUUCCCAGAGUUCAUCAGUAAACAGCCUGGCCGAUGGUUCAGAUGACAGUGGUGAAAUGGCUAUGAUGCAGGAGGGCGAACAUACAGUGACCUCCAACAGCUCUGUGCUGCACAAACCUCUGAACCAUGACAACAUUUACGAUGACCCCUACCAGCCAGAGAUAGACUCUCAGCAGCAGGGCCCCUCUGGGGGUCGUAGACGAAGGGGACGGGACCACUUUGCCACCAUCCGCACAGCUUCUCUGGUGACUCGUCAGAUUCAGGAGCACGAGCAGGGUUCAGCACUCAGAGAACAGAUGUCCGGGUACAAACGCAUGAGGAGGCAACAUCAGAAACAGCUGAUGGCUUUGGAGAACAAACUGAAGGCAGAGAUGGAUGAACAUCAGCUCAGGCUCGACAAGGAGCUGGAGACACAAAGGAACAACUUUAGCAGUGAGGCAGAAAAGCUUAACAAAAAGCAUCAAGCCAUCCUGGAGAAAGAGACUAAGGCUACUCUUGGAGAUGAGAAGAAGUUUCAGCAGCACAUCUUGGGCCAGCAGAAAAAGGAGUUGACUAGUUUAAAUGAGGUCCAGAAACGGCAGUAUAGACAGCGAAAGGAACAGCUCAAAGAGGAACUCAAUGAGAAUCAGUCCACACCAAAGCGAGAGAAACAAGAGUGGCUGGUUCAGCAGAAGGAGUGUCUCCAGCAGCUCCAAGCAGAAGAAGAGGCAGGGUUGCUACGACGACAGAGGCAAUACUACGAGCUGCAGAGUCGUCAGUAUAAGAGGAAGAUGCUGCUAGCCCGCCACAACUUGGAGCAGGACCUUCUCAGAGAGGACCUGAACAAGAAACAAACUUUGAAGGACCUGGAAUGUGCCAUGUUGCUCCGACACCACGAGUCCACCCAAGAGCUGGAGUUUCGGCAGCUGGGCCUGGUGCAGCACACACGAGCCGAAUUGAUCAGGACGCAGCAUCAGACCGAGCUUACCAACCAGAUGGAGUACAACAAGCGUCGUGAACAAGAGCUGCGACAGAAGCAUGCCGUGGAAGUUCGCCAGCAGCCCAAGAGCCUGAGAGUGAGUGACUGUGACAUCACAGAAAACAUUACAGAAGUCGAUGGGCCUCUGAGAGAAUGGGAGGAGACUAGUGAAGGGGAGGGGCAUUGUGUUGAAGGGCUGGGUCCAAAGGAAAUGCUAGAGGCUAAAGAAGGGAGAGAUGAAGAAAAGAUAGAUGGAGAUGAAGGGCAGACUACAGGUGCUUUUGAAGAGACAGCUGAGGAAGAGAAGAGGAAAAAAGAAAUUCUUGAAGGAAAUGUAAGUUUUAGUAAUGACCAAAUAUUUACUGACCAAUGUCAAAAGAUAGACAGUGAAGGAAACGAAGAGGAAGUGGUGACUUCAGCCAACAUUGCAAUAGAAGGAAGUGCAGAAGGACAAUCAAAGGUGACAUUUGAGGUUAAUAUUAUGUCCAAAAAUAAAGAGCACCAGGGAGAAGGCCAAACUGACAUAGAUGAAGGAAGUGAUCCAAGACGAGAAGGGCUUGGGUGGGAGGUGGACAAUGAUGGUGAAUCAGAGAGCGAAGAAGAAGAUAGAGGCGUGGCUGACGGCUGUCCCUCGGAAUUAAUGCUCGGCCCCUCUUUCGAGCGUCCCAUUCGUGAGCGCGAUACAGAUGAACUCUCAGAGUUCUACUUCCCGGAUACUUUGGAGGAACUUGAACCGCCGCCCAUCUUUGUACCUCCCUCCCCCACUUCCUCCUCAUCCCAGGCCUCUUUUACCUCCCUUUUCUCGCACGCAAUUUGUCUUUCUCUUUCGCUCUCCACCGCCGUACAGCCAUCUGUCCUCACGCUACUUUUCCUUUCCAUCUAUCUUCUUUCUCUUCGUCGCUCGCCUCCUCUUCCCACUCUUGCUUCUAUUCUUCUCUCUGGUGAACUUGCCUUCCUGGCCCUCUUCUUUUCAUACUUACUCCUGCGUUCUUGUAGCGCUCUCUCAUUUUCCACAUACCUUUCUUUAACUUAUUGGGGCUUGGGUCUGUUCAGCUUGGGUCUAUCGCUAAGCCUGGGGCUCUAUUACGUCCCCGUAGCCCUGAUCUCUGCAUCGUUCCUCAGCUCACCUUCGCUUUUUCUCACUCUGUACCUCAUUGUGGUGCUUGUGGUCCGUCCAGCUAGGGUAUUCCUCCAGAACGCCCCACGUAAACUCAAUCGCUUGUGGAUGCGGGUUCUUUUCCGGCUGCCAAAGCCGCUCUUUACCGUUUGCCAGUCGCUCCUGGGUGGACUUGCUGAGCGUAACCUCUACGACAUGUUCCCUAAAGCUGGCCGAAACUGGGGUGGCCGGCAGUCUCGAAUCCCUGUGCCUUUAAAGAGUCUUCCUCCAGAGUAUCAGGCUAAAAGAAAACGUGCCAUCUUAUUUUCACGGUAUGUGCUUUUGAGCAGGCGGUUUGUAAGGCGACCUUUAGGCACUUUAACAGAUUUGGCUAACUCCCUAGUGCUUCGGUUAGCCAAACGUGUACUUCAAGAACUGCCGCAGAAUUACCUGAAAAGGAUGCAGACGUUCGGUUUGCUCCGCAAAGAAAAAGCAAGCAAGCUGCCGAGGCUUCUGCCCAGAGCUGUGAGGGAACAUAAGCGCAGGAUGAGAGAGAGGAGAGAGAAGGAGAGGAGGAGAAGGGAGGAGAGUGAGAGAAUAUACAGGGAUGAGGGGAGGUGGGAAAGCGUGUUAAGAAGGACACCCUCAGGGCGGAGUUUGAGAGGAAAGAUGCCAUGGAGAUGAGAGAAAAGAGAGAGUGCUGGUAAAGGAAAAUGAGUAUUAUCUGUGAUCUUUGUGAGCAUGCACAUUCCAUUCAUCCAUCACUGUGCAUUUUCCCUUUUAUUUUUAUUGUGAUUUUACUCUUCUUUGCUCACAUGCACUCUUUUUUUUGUGACUGUUUUACAGGGAAAUACUCAGUCUAUAUUAAUGUACUGUUUAAUUCAACUCUCCCAUUCAUUGUAAGUCACCAGUGAACGUAAAGCUCAAGGCAAUAUUGUGCUUUUUGUAAAAGUUUGAUUUUAUUUUAUUACCGGAUAAUUGGCGAUUGAGGCCAUGUUUGUACAAUCUUUAACAAAACUUUAACAAUGAAUUUGUAUGUUGCAAAACCAGGGCUAACUUUAAACCGUUCUUUGCAAAACUUGCGUUUAGGCCCGAUGAUCAAGCCAUAACAGCAUUUGUUUUGGUUUGAUAAUUGCAAACUUAACUGCAUCUACAAAAGAUUGCUGCAAUUAAAAUACACUGCUUAACACUACAAGCCCCCCUCCCCCAAAUAAAAUUACAAGGUUUACCAAAAG